AUGUCAGACAUUUUAGUUUCAACAGGGACGAGCGUAGAAUCGCUCGUUCGACAACGGAAGUGCGAAAUAUUGUAAUAUCACUGUACUGUGGACGGCAUUAGCUUGUCCAUUCUUGUAGUUAACAGUGUAAUAAUGUAUUUAAAGAGGAAAAGACACGAUCAUAGAAGUGUUAUAUUAUAGCGUAGAUGUUUAGUGGGGUGCGUCGAGUGUGAUUCGAGUGAAAAAGAUGCACAGUUGCGAGACGUUGCCGGCGCCGGCGCCACCGGCGACUGGCCCCAGUUUGCUGCUGGACCUCGGCCGCCUCAUCAUCAGAGCUAGGGGCACCAGCCCCGCCGCCCGCGCCACUCCCCGCGACCGUUUGCACACCAAGUUGCACCAAGCCAAACCAUCUACUAGCCAACAGAUUCAGCAAAGCCAACCGAAGCCAGCGGGCGACCCACCACCGGUUUUGGAGGCCAGCCUCAGUGACCAUGUGAACGCGCUGUGGAAUGACCAAACACCGAUCUGCAUCGAGGUCCUGCUAGCCCCGGACUGCCCGGAAUGCUACACGUCUGUGAGCUCUCAGCACGCCAGCUUUGACAAGCACGCGCCGAAGGCCCUCCUGCUGGAACGCUGGACCAUACGCCCUCAGCAGCACAAGGCCACAGAGGCACCAGCGUGUAUAACAUCACAAUGGCUGCUGAACGCCGUGAGAUCACAGUUACACUUCUCCCAGUUGGCCGCUUGGAUCGCGACGUUGAGGCAGAGCAAGGGAGACGAGGGGCCGCGCAGAAGUAAACUGAGCCGCGAAACGUGCAACUUCAAGAAGAUCGAGGGUAAUUGUGAGGAGCUGGUGGACCGCCAGCUGAACAUCGUAUACUGGAUCCGGUCGCCCGGGGAGUUCCCGGCGGCGGAGUUCGCCAAGACGCCCACUGACCACAAUUUCCCCGUUACAGAUAUCGGAAGCAAUGUCUACCUCAAGGUUCUACUCGAAAGCCUACCACGAAUCGACGAAAUCCCAACACUGAAAUGCUCAUGCGCACCCAAGCGCCGACCAAGCAAAGAACUCCCAUCGACCACUCACGAUGAUCUAGUUAACAUAUUGAAUGAUCUCACUAUAACCCCUAGUGCUACGGAAGAUAAAAAAAUCGUUGAUGACAGAAUGCACACGACAUGUAGCGAAAACGGUAAACACAAAUGCAACUGUGACGACGAAUCUGAAGAUAAUCGGAGGGCUUCCACUAAUUUAAGUCAAGAAACAAAAAAACUGGACGAGAGACGGCUAAAAGAAAUCGCUAAAUAUAAAAGGAGACUGAGAAAAGAGAGCAAAUUGAAAAAGCUAUGUGACAGCACGUCUUCAGAAGGCGACGGUCUUAAAGUUAAAGAAACGCACACCUCUAUACCUAUACUGCAAGCGGCCAGAUUCGACAGAUUCAGAGCUAUAGGAUGCUACAGGAAUCAGACUUAUUUAACAUUGCCAGCGUCCAGGAUCGAAAGUAAAUCGCCUUUCGUCGAAACUGAUACUGUAACACCAGCAGAAUUCAAAAAAACCAAUACUGUAGCCACGCAAACUGAAGAUUUCUGUCAAUAUGGUCACCCUUUGCAAAUAUCGUGUGACGGGUGCAAAGUUAACGAAAGGGGAAUGGUUAGAUCUGACGCUAACUAUAAUUUAGCCUCUUUGAAUCCGUCCGAGGUAUUAUUGGACGCUAUAAACAGAUGUUCCGACAACGGAGCUAGAAGAAAGUGCGAGGGAGACGACAAUGUUUUCAAAAAGCAUAAAUGUGAUAAUAGUGUUAGUUUAAAAAGUGAUAAUUAUAGUGAUUUUAUUAAACGACCGCAGUACAGACGGUAUUUACCCAUUAUGGAUCGUAUAAAUGAUGUGGUCAGUGACAGGAACAGGAGGACUGAUGAAAUGGAGUUGCUGCGUCUGGAUAAAGAUGACACUGUGUUCUUAGUACCUAAGAUUGAUGCUAAAAGGCAGAAAACGUAUUCUAUUAACGAGGAUGAUUAUGUUUUAUUGGAGAAAUGUGACUAUGGGACGUUCGAUAGAUCGGACAUGGACAGUCCCAGCGAAGAGGGUUGUCCUGAUUUGAAGAAGUUGCAGGAUCAGGUGCCGUCUCCAACGGAAGUUGAUAGGUUUCGUUGGAGAUUUGACUCGGCGGCGUCCAUGGUAUUCCACACCAAGACCGGCCUGCCGUUGACUUCGAGUCCAGCGCCAUUGAGGAGGGGCAACAACUGCUUCGAUUUUGACGACUCGAUUAAUGGAAUUUCUGGUAUUAAGAGCGCCCUCUUCCACCCGAUCUCCCCCGCGGCGCCGCGGCCGCCCGCGUCCCCCGCGUCCCCCGCGUCGCCCCCGCCGCGCCCCGCGCCCGCGCCCCGCCCGCCGCCCGGCAAGGGGGGGGCGCCCAAACUGAGGAUCGGGCCCAGCGCUGGACUACUUGGAAGUUUCGAAGAGUCCGCAUUGAAGGGCCGUCUUGAACCGGCCGCUACCGUUCACGGUUUUACCGCCGAGUUGGGGGCGUCCGGCGCGUUCUGCCCGCCGCACAAACGGUUGCCGGUUACCGUGUUCUUUUACGCGCCGGGCGGUACUAACGCUCCUUAUAUGGGCCACAUAAACCUAGGACCGUCCGGCUACCGCGUGGCGCGCUCCGGCACCGUCCAGGUGUCGCUGUUCAACCCCCACGGCACCCUGGUCAAGAUGUUCGUGGUGCUGUACGAGCUGACUGCCAUGCCGCCGCUGGCGAGGACCUUCCUAAGGCAGAGGACUCUGUAUAUGCCGGCCGGCGCUGAUGCACCUGGGCCCCGCGAUAUACACAAGUGGCUGAGAUACCUCAUACAUCUAAGAUUUAUGACGUCGAAAUCCGGUAAACUCUAUCUUCACACUGAUAUACGUAUAUUAGUAUCUAGGAAGGCCGAUUUAGACACGGCGACGGCACAUUCCGCUCUCUUCAGACCCAUUCCGACCAAUCAGAAGCCGAAUGACAGCGCGACAACCAAUAAGAAGCGAGACGACGAGUCCCCAACGAAUCCGAGCGGAGCUUCGAGAAUUCCGGCCAAUCAGAGUGGUUUAUCGAGCGAGUUAUCGGCCAAUGGGAGUGGAGAUGAGAAGAGAACGGUUGUAAGGGCUCCGAAUAGAUUUUUUGGCGGUUGUAGUGAUUUUUCGAGCGAUAUGAGGGAGAUAGGGUAUGAUAAUCGGAAUGGGGUGUCAUACGAGUUGAGGAGUUUCACGUACGCGCCUGAAAACCCGAGAUAUUCGCCGCGUUAGCAUAGUGCCUGAAUGUGUAUUGUUUAUGUAUUAAUGAGAAAUAUAUUUUUGGUUUUUU